AAUGGGCGUAUUGGGGACGCAGAACAUUUCGGUAAAGCAACAGCGUGUAGAGCCGUAAGGAAAAUUACCCUCGCACUGAAAUGCCUGUUACCAGUGAUGGUAGUGUUCCCCGGACACAAACCGGUGAGAAACGUCAAAGAGGAAGUCCACAGGAUUGCAGGGCUCCCAAAUGUAAUGGGUGUGGAUGGGACACAUAUUCCCAUCACUGCUCCUGCUGAACAUGAAGGGGACUAUGUGAAUAGAAAAUCCUUUCACAGCAUCAAUGUCCAGAUCAUAUAUGAUGCCUGCAACAUAAUCACAAAUGUAGAAGCCAAGUGGCCCGGCUCCGUACAGGAUUCCCGGAUCUAUCAGGAGUGUAGCCUGAGCAACAGAUUCGCACGUGGAGAGUUUGAUGGCUACCUGCUGGGGGAAAGAGGCUAUCCAUGCCAGCCCUCUCUGUUGACCCCUUACCCUCACCCUGAGCCGAGGCCCCAACAACGUUUUAAUGCGGCCCACUGCAGGACUAGAGCCCUUGUUGAGAUGGCGAUAGGCAUUCUCAAAUCUCGGUUCCAGUGCCUGCGUAAGCUCAGGGUCACCCAAGAGAGGGCAUGUGACAUCAUUGUGGCAUGUGUUGUUCUCCAUAAUAUUGCAAUUAUUAGAGGGGAGCAACAACCCAGCCACUGA